AUGAUCCCCAUCAGCAUCGCGAUCGCCAUCACCAUCACGAUCCCCAUCACCAUCACGAUCCCCAUCACCAUCACGAUCCCCAUCAGCAUUGCGAUCUCCAUCAGCAUCGCGAUCGCCAUCACCAUCACGAUCCCCAUCCGCAUCGCAACCCCCUUCACCAUCGCGAUCCCCAUCAGCAUCGCGAUCCAGAUCAACAUCGCGAUCCCCAUCACCAUCGCGAUCCCCAUCACCAUCCAUCGCGAUCCAGAUCACCAUCGCGAUCCCCAUCACCAUCGCGAUCCCCAUCACCAUCGCGAUCCCCAUCACCAUCACAAUCCCCAUCACCAUAUCCAUCCCCAUCACCAUCACAAUCCCCAUCACCAUCACGAUCCCCAUCAGCAUCGCGAUCCCCAUCACAUCGCGAUCUCCAUCAGCAUCGCGAUCGCCAUCACCAUCACGAUCCCCAUCCGCAUCGCGACCCCCUUCACCAUCGCGAUCCCCAUCAGCAUCGCGAUCCAGAUCACCAUCGCGAUCCCCAUCACCAUCGCGAUCCCCAUCACCAUCGCGAUCCCCAUCACCAUCACAAUCCCCAUCACCAUAUCCAUCCCCAUCACCAUCACAAUCCCCAUCACCAUCACGAUCCCCAUCAGCAUCGCGAUCUCCAUCAGCAUCGCAAUCGCCAUCACCAUCACGAUCCCCAUCCGCAUCACGACCCCCUUCACCAUCGCGAUCCCCAUCAGCAUCGCGAUCCAGAUCUCCAUCGCGAUCCCCAUCACCAUCGCGAUCCCCAUCACCAUCGCGAUCCCCAUCAUCAUCAUCACCAUCAUCAUCAUUGGGAUUGGAGUCCUGAUCUGGCAACACAGACGGGAGGAGAACACCAGUCUGGAGGAUAUUGAGAGGCUGCUGUAAACAAAAAGAAGAACAAAAUAACAAGUGAGUGAAACUUAAACUGCAGGACCUUUACACACUACAGCUGCUUUCACACAUGUUUUAUUUUGAUGUUUAUUUCUCCCAGAAACGUGUGGAGCUGAAGCACCUUUUGUGUUACUAAUAAAAAUAAAAUUCUGGAUGUUACUGAGACAGAUAAAAACUGUAGGAAGAAAGUGGAACAUGUUCGUUUAUUUAUUUAAAUCACCAUUUAAAGUCUCUCUGU